UUUAGUUGCUUUUAUACCUUGAUAGGGGGAGGAGGGACAGCAGGAUGUGUGCUCGCUAACCGUCUAUCUGAUGACCCUGAUGUGAAAGUACUGCUGGUAGAAGCCGGUGGGGUGCCUGAGGGUAACAAGGACAUAGAUAUACCAGCUUUACAUCCGUUUCUGAGAAAAACGAAGGUUGAUUGGAGCUAUAGGACAGUACCGCAGAAGUUCUCUUGUCAGGCCUGUGAGAACAAGGAAAGCCUGUGGCCAAGAGGAAAGGUACUUGGAGGCAGCAGCGCAAUAAACGUUAUGUUGCAUAUACGUGGCUCACCCGAAGACUACAACAAAUGGGAGAUGAUGGGAGCAACGGGAUGGAGUUACAACGACGUACUUCCUUAUUUCAAGAAAUCCGAAGAUAUGCAGAUACCUGAACUCAAGAACUCCAACUACCAUGGUGUCGGAGGUCCUCUCACUAUCAUACAAUCCACCUACACAGAAAUUGGGGAUUUGUUUCUAGAUGCGGCGCAGGAAUUAGGAUAUAGAGUAAUGUUUGAGGGCAAGAGGGCGGUAGGCUUGCAGUUUAUACAUGGUGCCGAAAAGAAACAAGCGAGAGCGUCUCGGGAAGUGAUCCUCUCUGCUGGAACUAUCGGCUCUCCUCACAUCCUCCUCUUGUCUGGCGUUGGACCCAAAGAGCAACUUGACCAGUUCAAUGCAA